UUCUGUUCCAAAGUCCUUCUAGUUUCAAGCUUCUUCUAAACCGAUCUCUUCUCCAAUUAAGUUUCCAAAAAUGUGGCUUAAGACUCUAUUGCUUUCGGUUUUAGUCAUAGCGAGUUAUCCUUUGUCAUCGUCCUGUUUCCGCAUCCAUGCAGAGGACCGAGACGCACUAGAUCAUCCUGUCCUUGGUACCAGCCUCCGUAAGUAUAAGGAUAGUCACCAUUUGAAAACCAACGGGGUACCCUCAUCUAGGAUGAUGAUGAAGACUCAUGAAGACCAGGAUAAUCGUUAUGAUUCGAGUGUAAGAAGCUCAUUACUACCGAGUCACGCACUGCUCAUACAUGCUUCUACGUCAAGAAAUGUUGUAAAUGUCAAUGAUUACCUGAAUGGAAGAGACGGAGAAGUUGACAUGAAUGAGGCAUUCAAUGAAGCUUGGGAGUUGGCAUGCAAAUUAGAAGGAGGAGUUUUCGAAGUCCCCAGUGGUCAAAUCUAUCGUGUUAAGCCCAUCACCUUCUCUGGACCUUGCACGCCUAAUCUUACAAUCAGGAUUCUGGGACAAAUCCGAGCUUCCGUCGAUGCGUCAGACUACAAAGAUGAUCCCCGGGAAUGGCUUGUAUUCCAGAACUUAGACAGCUUCACUGUAGAUGGUGGCGGCAUCAUCAACGGCAAUGGACAGAAAUGGUGGAAAAAAUCUUGCAAGAUCGACAAAACACAGCCGUGUAAGGGAGCACCUACGGCCCUGACGUUCAACGACUGCAAGAACUUCAUGGUAUCGAACCUGAACCUCAAGAAUGCACAACAGAUGCAUGUGAGAAUCCAAAGAUGCAAGAACGUACAGGUGAAAAAUCUGCAAGUAAUUGCGCCGGGAAAUAGCCCAAACACCGACGGAAUUCACGUCACUGGAAGCCAAAAUAUCCUCAUAUCCGAUUCUGUUAUUCGGACAGGGGAUGAUUGUAUAUCGAUAGUCAGCGGGUCGAGCCAUGUUGAGGCGACUAACAUAGUUUGUGGACCAGGCCAUGGAAUCAGCAUUGGUAGCUUAGGAAAAGACAACGGGAAAGACUACGUCUCGGACGUGUUCGUACACGGAGCGAAGCUUUCAGGAACCACAAAUGGCCUGAGGAUAAAGACUUGGCAGGGAGGAUCAGGUUAUGCGAAGAACAUCAUAUUUGAAGACAUUGCAAUGAACAACGUGACCAACCCCAUCAUCAUAGAUCAAAAUUAUUGCGACAAGGAGGGACCGUGUCCCAAACAGAAAUCGGCAGUGCAAGUAAGCAACGUGACAUAUCGAGACAUUAAAGGGACUAGCGCUUCUAAAGUAGCCAUGAAGUUCGAUUGCAGCAAGACGCAUCCCUGUGAAGGAAUAGUCUUGCAGGACAUUGAUCUUAGGAGCCAGUCCGGUGAAGUAGCCAAGGCUUCCUGUCUCAAUGUUAGGUUCCAAAAUAAGGGGCAGGUCUCUCCUAGCUGCCCCUGACAAAAUUUGGGAUCGAUACUACAGGAAACUAUAACGAUGAUAAAAUUGUUUAUUCUUUGUUGCUGUAGAUAUGAUUCGUCCUACCAAUUACUGUUUAUUGUAAGCAAAUUAUAUUUCUGGGAAUAAAAAGUUUCAUCUAA